GCUGGGGUGAGCAGCAUGGCGGAAGAUGAGAGUGAUCAUGAAUCUGAGAGACUGAGAGAGGAGCUGGAGAGUUCUCUCGAACAUGGCGUGAGGGACGAAAACGGGCUGCCGAGCAAGUAUUACUGUUUCAAAUUCUGCCAGGUAGUGGAAGAGUAUGCAGGGAGGUGGCAGGUACCUUUGCCUCAGCUGCAGGUGUUCCAGACUGCUCUCUGCUGCUUCACCAAAGGCACUGCUGCCUUCCCAGUUGAAUGUGAGCAAAUACAGUAUGUUUUGAGUAGCCUGGCUUUGAGCUUCUUUGAGCUGCUGCUGUUCUUUGGCAAGGAUGAAUUCCUUGAGGAUCCUUUGAAAGAUAUUAUUGAGUCAUUUCAGGAAUGUCACACUACUUUAGCAAGAUACAAAAACGUGUACUUAAAGCUGGUGAAACAAAUAAUUAAAGAAGGCGGUCCGUGGGAAAACCCAGUGUUGCAGGCAGUCCUCAAGGAGACUCCACAACCUCAGGAAACAGUGGACGCAUACUUGAACUCUGAAAUCCCAGCAUUUUUUGAAAUCAGAGUCCGAUAUUUGCUUGCUUGUGAGCGUAUUCAAGAAGCAGUGGCCCUCUCCAAGUGCUGCAUACCCCAUCCUGAAGUCGGCACAAACCUCUACUUUCAUCAGGCAUAUUUGACGUGCCUUUUCAAGGCAUCUUUAAGCGACCAUCUUCAUAAGGAGAUGGCCGGGAUUGACAGUAAAGAUGCUGUUGAAAUCAUCUGUAACGCUGAAAGAGAGGAGAAGGAUGAAGUGCUUUUGGGUUUGUGCAGAGCAUUCCUCAUUCAGCAGCUUGAGACUGGAAACAUGUACUAUAUCUGGGACCUUAUCUUCAUAUGGAGCAAGCUUCAGCUGAGAGCUAAUUCUUCCAAACAGGACUUCUUAGAAGAAUGCCAACAGCUGUUAUUGGUAGCAACAAAUGUUAAAAUGAUUUUUCCUUUCAUGAAGGCCAUUGAAACUGAACUUGGAGAUGAAAGCUUGCAGGUUUGUGUGCAACUGUGUGCUUGCACUCUGAAAAUGAACCACCACGAUGAUCCAAACACUAAAUCCCUGGUCUAUAAAAUCAUUGCCUAUCUUUUGCCAAAUGACUUGGAGGUUUGUCGAGCUUGUGCCCUCGCAGUCUUUUUUCUGGAACGCAGUGUGGAAGCUUAUACCACAGUCUACAAUCUUUAUACUUUUCCAGAUCAGGAGUAUCAUGUGGAUCACAAAUUGAUUACAAAUCAAGUACGUUUUGAGUUACUCCAAAUCUUAAAAAAAGGAUUGUACUUUGACCCAGAGUUUUGGAACCUUAUUAUGCUGAAGAAACAAUGCUUGUCACUAAUGGGUGACAAAGCAUUAUUGCUUGUCUUCAAUGAAACUGUCGAAGAGGAUGAGCUGCCUCUUGUGGACCCUAAUGUGCUGUACCCAAGAGUGUCACCUCCACACCAUGUCAAAGAAGACAAGUUGCUGAAGCACUUUGUUAAAGCAGAUCAGAAGUCAUCCAGGCGAUGGGCAAGACGGCUUGAUUUAGCUGCAGAAGACAAUGUUAGAAAAGUUCAAAAGAAGUCGCGAAAACGUAGACUUAAAGAAACAGAUAAUAAAUCACUAAGACGCUCACUCAGACAGCUUGAUAUAAUUCAAGAAGGCCAGGCCAAGCAGCACGCAAAGAAAACACAGAAACACACUGCCAGUCAACGGAUUAAAAAGUCGCAAAAGCAUCCUGUCAGACUGCAUCAUAUCGUAGCAGUGGAACCUGUCCAAAAAAUGGAAAAGUCGCCAAAACACCCUGUUGGACAACCUGAUAAAGCACAAGAGUCUGUAAAACAUCUGGAAAAUAAGUCUCCACAACACCCUGUCAAACAAAUGAAUUCAUCAGAAGUCUCCAUCAACCAAUUGAAUACAAAGUCACCAAAACAGCAGGAUGUGACUCCAGGAGACUCCAUAAAACAGUCAGAUGAGAGCACACAAGGUCCUGUUGAACAACCUGGUCAGAAAGCACCAGAAAAUCAUGUCAAGCAACGUCUUAAGAUAGCAGAACACCCUGUUCAGGAGUUGGAUGGAGCACCAGAAGUUUUAGUCAAAGAACAAGGUGAAAAGACAGUAGAAGAUCCCAUCAAACAGCCAGAUAAGAUGCUAGAUGACUCUGAGAAACCAGUUAAUGCGGCCCCUGAAUUAGCUGUCAUAGAACCAAAUGCAAAACUAGAAGGUCCAGUGAUAGAAUCAGCCAGGAAUCCAGAUUUCCCUGUUAUAGAACUAGAUUCAAAGCUAGAAGCCUUGAGGGCACAAGAAGGAUCUGUCGCUAAAUCGGAUACUAAACCAGAACUUCCCCUGAUAGAAACGAAGAGGGCACAAGAAGGCUGUGUCCUAAAUCUGAAUGUAAAACUGGAAGGUCCCCUUUUAGAACAGGAUAAGUUGCAAGAAUGGGCUGUUGUAGAACAAAAAUCAUCAGAAGAAUGCACUUUGACAAAACUGAUUAGGUCUCAAGAAUGCAGUAUUGAAGAACCGGAUAGGUUACGAGAAAGUGCUGUGGCUGAAUUUGAUAGGCUGCAAGAAUGCAGCAUUGAAAAACCGGAUAGGUUACAAGAAUGUGCUGUGGCUGAACUUGAUAGGUCUCAAGAAUGUGAUAUUGAAGAACCAGAUAAGUCAAAAAAUUACACAGUGGUAGAACUUGAAAGGUCACAAGAAAGUGCUGUUAUAAUACCAAAUAAAACAGCAGAUGAACUUGUUAAACAAGAAGAAACUCAGUGUGCUGAACAACCUGCACUGCGACUGCGGAAUCGACAGAAAGUCAUAAAAAAUGCUCAGAAAGACAACUCUCAUCUUGGUUCACCCAAAACAGACCACAGUGUUCCAAAGACACUCUGCAUAUUGUGCAACAGGGAAUUUCUUGGUGGCCAUAUCAUAAGGCAUGCUUUGAUUCAUGCACGUAAGGGUACAUAUUCAUGCGCGAUGUGUGGCCGAAAGUUUAAACAGCGGGUAUGCUUGCAAAAACAUCUCAAAGAUCAUAUAAAGAAAAUAAAACUAAAACACUCCCCUGAUGGCCAACUGCCAAAUGCAUGCACUCCCAUUGAAAAUGGAACUUCAGAGGACUUUGAACAUACCUUUUCUGAACUUGUACUACCAAAAAUAGAGCAUAAAAAUCAUAGGCAGUCAGUGGCUGCUGUUGAAAACUACAUAGAUCAACAAAAUAACAUUGUUUCUAAAAACCCAGACAGUAUUCCAAACAACUGUUUAAGUAGUACCCCACUAAACUCAAAUGACAAAAAUACAGAAGAUGCGAAAUCCAAUAAAGAUCUGUGUCUAGUUAAAAGAGCUAACGGAUCCGUCAUUAAGCAAAAUAAAUCUAGGCAAGAGAAAAGAAAAUUUAGUUGUCCUGCUCGGGGAUGUUCAAAGUCUUAUAAUGAAAGGUGGAUUGUCAUUAAACAUGCAAGAAAGGCACACCCAGAAGACAUGAAAGUCCAGGAGUAUAUCAUGAAGUUACACAAAGGAAAGUGCCGGUACUGCCAAAGAGAAUUUAUGGAUUCUAAGCAUUUCCUUGACCACCUCAACAGACACACAGACAACAAGAAGUACUUUUGUCUGCAUUUAAACUGCAGUGAGCGGUUCAAGACAGCUGGUGAACUUUUGGCUCACGUAGAGAGCCACGCAGUGUUACAGACACAGUGUACAGUUGAUGGCUGCUGUGAGAUUUUUUCUGAUCUCUCCUCACUUCACGAUCAUGAGUGUCAGCAUUAUUCUGACAACAUAGUAAAAGGGGCCUCAGAGGAAACCCAGCCACCUGUCUUAGCAGCGGUUUCUGAAACCACCUCAGAACCCAACCCUAGUGUGCAUAAAGGUUCCCUGGUGAAAAAUAAAACAGAAGUCGAGGACCCAAAUUGGAAGGUGAGAAAAGAGUCUGCAAAAACUUACUUACAAUGUACGGUCAUGAAACCCAGUACGAAUGCAAAUCUAAAUGAAAAAGUCUUGCCAGUGGCAAGCUCUGUAGACCAUAUCGACAUAUUGGAAGAUAGAUGUUCUGCUUCUGUUUCAAGAGAGCAGCUCUUGAAUGGUCACAGCAAAGAGGAGAAGACCUCCAUCGAUCAAACUGGAAGCAAAGUGGAUCCAGUUGAGAAGAAACCUGAUCAUCCAGAAAGCAAAGUGGAAGUCGAAAAAAAGGAACCGGAUCGUCCAGAAACCCAAAUGAAUGUUACCCAAAAGACACCUGAACAUCAGUCUCCCCAUGUUGAUGGUGCUCCAAAAGAUACCAGUCCCAUAUCCAAGACACAGUCCAUAAAGGAGAAGACAUGCGAGGAAAAAACAACCCUCUAUGGUUGUGUCUCCAAGAGGCCAUUUGUCAGACCACCACCUUCAGCCUACCUUGAUGAACAGUACAUUAGCAUGCCUAAACGGAGGAAAACAUUGUCUCCAAAGGCAGACUCUAAAGCUACUAAACCAGAAAUGGUAGUGAGUAAAAGUGUUGAGAGGCACAGGUGUAGCAAAUGUUUCACUAUAUUCAGUGAUUUGGAAGCACUGAAGAGUCAUCUUGCACAAAACAAAUGUCAGACGCUAUUUGGAUUUGAUUCAGAUGAAGAAAGUGUCUGAUUUAAAGCGAUCCCUAGCCCAGACUGAAGAUGCUGUGCCCCAUAAUUAAUCAUUGGUUCAGAAUUAGCCUUUGAUUACAGAACUAUCUUAUAUUACAGAAGAUCUUUGUUUGGACUAUAAGAAAAAGCACCCUUUUUCAAAUAACAGCAAGGAGAGCAGGGGAACUGCAAAAGAUGUGUUCCAAGUCAGACAUGUUUAAGAAACAAAAAAUCACACACAACCUCAGAGGUACCCAAGUUCUGUGUAUGCAGAUAGCCAAAUAAUAUUUAAAGUAAGUCUAUUUAACUUUAGAAUAUACCGUUUGACAUUUGUUAAUUUUAAUGGAAGCAAAUGGGAGAAAAGAUUCAGUUAAAAGCUUCGCCCCGUCAGAUUCUUCUUUUUUUGGGGGGAGGGAUGACGACCACCUGUAAAGUGCCUAGACCCAAUUGAUCAGGUGCUGUUGUAAAUUCUUGUAAUAUACUGGAACCAAUUGGAAUGUAGCAGGAAUUGUGCUGACAUGCAGAAUGGACUGCCUUGGAAAACAUCUGAUCUGGAAAGUUCUACAGUAUCUACUGCUUGGGUUAAGUAAUACUGUAGAGUUCUUGAUCUUUGCCUGUAGCCCUUGUUUUUUAUUAUACAAAAUGUAAUUGCCCCAGCCUUUACUGCUUUCCAGGACACAAAUUUGCUCACAGAUUCUGACCAUCUGUUUGCAGCAACAAACCCCAUUUUAUGUUUUUUGUCUUAGUGCAGCUGUUGUAUUUGGACUAGAUGCAAACGAAGAAAAACAGGACGGUUUGUGGCGUGGGGUUGGGAUCAUUGUGCUCAGUGAUCAGAAAUAUUGAGCCAUCACAGAAAUUAGCUGUUAAGGUGGGAAAACAAAACUCACAAAUGUCAAGGCUAAUGUGUACCAAUAGUGGAGAAACAUCAUACACACAGGAACAGCAGCCAUCUCUUCGCUUUCAGUAAGAAAGAUGAUCAUCUUUACAGACUUCAAUUUAAUAUGGAUCAGCUGGCUUAUGUUUGAAAAAUAAAAAUUUAAAAUAAAAAUUA